GAGAAACUACAAGAUGAAGUUUUAGGUGCACAUGGCUACACACCUCGUAAGAAGUCCCAGGAUGACGCUUUCGAGGAUGUAGAGGAGAGAGGCCACAGUCUUCAGUCAACUAGCAAGGCUGCGUUCAUGAACAACGAGCGCUUCCAGAAAACGCACCAUUUGUCUGCCGGGUUGAACGAGGAUGACGAUCCGUAUGGACUGGACGACUGCAAACCUAAGAAACCAACAAAGAAGAACCUGCUGCACGUCGGCCGUCGAAGCUCUAAGGAGGACAAGCUGGAUUACUCCGAUUAUCAGAAAAAGAGCAGCUUCUCCGCGGAGGAGUUGGACGAUGAAGACUGGAUGGACGACUGCAAACCGAAAUCUUCCAAACAAACAGGCCCUAUUCCCCUCCCACGCAAAUCUAAGACAGCCAAUGGGCAGAGGGAACCGCUUGGAUUCAGCCACCAGACUGCCUCAGCAAGCAUCCAAUGAUCCCUUCGCUGAGGAUGACUUUACUCAAACACCAAAAGAUUUCAUGAGACCCGGAGAGACGUAUGACAGCGAAGAAGAUGAAGUGGAAACCUGCAAACCGAAGAAGAAAUCUAAACUUAAAGGCUUCAAAAAAUACAAGGCUAAGAGCAAAGCCGUGCAAGAGUCUGAGGAUCCACCUGGAGCUACGUCUAGUGACUUCAUGUCGGAGGCCGCCAAGGCGGAGUGGCUGGCUGCUCGGAUGGAUGAGCGAGCUAUAGAAGGUCUUGAGGAUGAGGAAGAGGACGGGGACACGGACAGUUUGAUGGAGUGGUGGCACACUGUGGAACAAUGGGAUGAGGUGCCGUCAGACGAUGAGGACAAAGCGCUAAAAGAGGACGAGUCCAAGUCAUUCACCAUCUUGGCGGACAAGGUUCUCCGUGGCCUGCGUGUCUUCAACAAACUCUUCACCGAGCGAGCUGAAGUCCUCUGGCAGUCCAUCAUCACGCUCCACGCCAUCGCCGACGACAUCAACCAUUUCCACCAGAAGGCCAAGAUCGCCGGCAUCACCGGUGGCACCACCACAGCUGUGGGCGGCGUGGCGGCCAUCGCCGGUUUGGCUCUGGCACCUUUUACAUUAGGCGUCUCUCUCGUCAUUACCGCUGUUGGUGUCGGUGUGGCAACUGCUGGAGGAAUCGCUUCCGCCUCCGCGGUCAUCUCGGAUAACGUUAAUAACAUGCACGACCGGAAGAAGGUGGAGGUAGUACUGUUGGAGUAUGAGGCUCAACUGCUGGCCAUUGGGAAGAUCCUCCACUUUGUCAAUCAGGGCUUGUACAAACUCCGCGGUCAUCCCUUCCUCAGGUCUGGCACCCAACACUACUCCAGGGACUGGGAGAUCCGCCAGGCCGUCCAAAUGAUCAGCUUAGUGGACUCUCCCGUGCUGCGGGGGACCGAGAUAACAGACGCCACGAUCGCCUCGGUCCAAGGACUCUUCACAGGUAUGGACAAGUUCUUCGCCAAGGAUUCCCGAGAGCUGAAGAAAGGCUGCAAGAAAGAGGUGGUGGGUCAAAUAAAGGAGGUGGCAAAUGUGCUCAACGACGGGAUAGUGGAGCUCAAUGCCAUCAGAGAGGAGCUGCAGGAUGCUAUUGGAAACAGUCGGCGGAAAGAGGCCACGCCCUCGUGCAGCAUGAAUAUAUUCAGAAGAGAUAAAGGCUCAACAGCCCCAACUCCAGUGGUCCCACCAAGACCCAGCAAGGAGGAUCUAGACAACCCCAUCGAGCACAGCCUGAAAACACAGGAUGUGGGAAUGAGCGCAAACAGAGAAGUCACAAAUGAGCUUAACUCAAAUACCAAGAGAAUGGGAGUGAUGGGAGUUAUGCAAAAGGUCAACCCGUUCAAGUCUACCUCGCAGGCCCCCCCCACCGUCAGCAAAGCUCCUUCCUCAGAGUCUCUAGAACAGAAAGCAGACUCCACACAGAAGCCUGGCGUGCUGAGAGGGGUCAUGGACAAGGUCAACCCUUUCAAGUCUACCUCGCAGGCCCCCCCCACCGUCAGCAAAGCUCCUUCUUCAGAGUCUCUAGAACAGAAAACCGACUCCACACAGAAGCCCGGUGUGCUGAGAGGGGUCAUGCACAAGGUCAACCCAUUCAAGUCUACCUCCCAGGUCUCUAAAGCUGCGUCUUCAGAGUCACUGGAACAAGGAAAGGUUUCAGAAUCUGAUCAGAACCCUGGAAAGUUCAAAGGGAUGAUGCAGAAAGUAAAUCCAUUUAAGUCUUACGCUCAGACGUCAGAUGAAGAAUGUCAGACAGAUGCUGCGGUUCCCAGAAUUACUUCCUCCAGUCUGAUGCAGGAACAGCGAUCUGUUCACAGCGAGCACUCCUCCAGCUCUGACAGUGUGGAUGACAGCACCAUAGAGAGACAUUCUAUUUGGUAUUCUGACGUUGACCCCAGCUGCGGUGGGGUGAAAAGCCAGACAGAGGAGGCGCCGAAGAAAAGAACUAUGACCUUCAGAAUAAAGAGGAUUCUGCCCACUGCAUUAUUUGGGUCCGUUACAAAGGACUCAUCAUCUGACACUCCAGCACUUCCCCAGGAAGUGGUGGAAGUUGAAACGCUAGAGAUGGCAGCAGUCCCCAGUGAGGGAACAGUCCCGGACCCUCUAGACGAUGAGGAAGGCCUUUUGGCGUGGUGGAGAAUAGUGGAGGGCUGGGCUGAGUGGAGUGAUGCCAACCAGGACGAUGAACCUGAAGAAGUGGUGGAACAAGCAGCUGAUCGUGUCUUCAUGGCGGCUCGUCUUUUUGUUCGCUUUUUCAACCAGCGUGGCGCCUCUCUCCAGCAGCGAAUCCUGGAGCUGCUCGCUUUGGCUGACUCCGCUGACAUUUUCCAUAAGAAAACCGUCAAGGCCAGUGUGGGCGGCGGGGUGGCGAGUGUCGCAGGGUCCAUCACUACCAUCACCGGCCUCAUUCUGGCGCCAUUCACAGCAGGAGCGUCGCUCAUUGUCGUCGCCGUAGGCAUCGGUGUCGCUACGGCAGGUGGGGUGGCAUCUGCUUCAGCCAACAUCACCGACACGGUCCAUUCAAAGACGGACCGCAAGAAGGUGGAGAAGAUAAUCCAAGACCACGAGGCGGAGAUGAAGGACAUCAAGGAGUGCCUGGAGUUUCUGCAGGAAGGAAUGGAGGCACUUGAGGAGUGGAACUUUGAGCAGUACGCUGAGAGCAUCUCGAAGAAGCACCUCAACCAGAAUGUCAAACAUGUGAUGAAGGAGGGCGGCCGGGCCGGCAAGGCCUUAGUGAUCAACACCGAGAGCCUGAUUAACACGGUUCAGGUCCUCACUGUGGCAGGGGGGGCUGCGAAAGCCGCCCAGGUGAUGAGCAUCACCACGGGAGUCAUGUCGGGUCUCUUCCUGGCUCUCGAUGUCUUCUUCCUGGCGAAGGACUCCAUGGAGCUCAAAAAGGGAGCCAAGACAGAGUUUGCUGCUAAGAUUCGAGAAGUUUGUCAGAACCUGCAGGAUGGGCUGCUGGAGCUGAACCGCAUCAAGGAAGAGCUGCAGAAAACUAUAGAUGGGAUAGAGGUGGAGGUAGAUGAGGAGGAGGAGGAUGAAGAGCUGUUGAAGUCUGAGCUGAAGAAACUUGUCGAGUUUGAAGAAUGAAGGAUAAUUGUUAGGAUUAAGAACUAACAGUAAUAUAUUGUAUUUAUAUGAGUAAUUAAUGAUAUGUUGAACUAAUGUCACUUUCUUUGCAAUAAAAAGUAGUUUCCUGCU